AUGCCCUUUUUCCAGCCUCCGGUCACACCCCUCCCCGACAACCUGAAUCUCCACGGCCAGACCGCGAUAGUGACGGGCGCAACAUCGGGAAUCGGCCUCGCACUAGCCCGCCAGCUCCUCCUCCUCGGCGCCUCCCCCGUUAUCCUCGCCGUCCGGGAUGUCCCGAAGGGCGAAUCCGUAGGGCGCAACCUCCUCGCGGAUCCAGCCGUCCGCUCUCUGCACCCGACCGCCGUUCUCAAAGUCAUACAUUUGGAUGCGGAAGACUAUGAGAGUGUCAAGGCUUUUGCACAAGCAUUCAAGGCGGACCACCCCCAUCUCCACACCGUGAUGCUCAACGCCGGCGUCCCCGGGUUCAGGCGCCGUGUCGCUCCUACGGGCCAUGAAGGGACCGUGCAGGUGAAUUAUCUCUCGAAUGUGCUUCUCAUGCUGGAGCUCCUCCCGCUAUUGGAGGCCACGGCGCGCGAGACGGGACGGCCUGGCAGACUUACCUGGACGGGGAGCCGCGCCAUCGGACACACGAGCCUGGCGACCAAGUCUCCUCUCGGGCCUGGGGAGUCGAUACUGAAGCACCUGGACGCCGAGGCCAACUUCUUCGGCAUGUCGCGGUACGCGGAUAGCAAGCUGCUUGGGUUUUUGUUCCUGCGGGAGCUGCCUAGGCAUUAUGGCACCGGGACCGAUGAGCACCAGCAACGGGUUAUUGUUAACGCUUUCUGUCCCGGGAUGGUGGAUACGAACUUGAGCGACGUCCUUUCGCAGCCCUUUCGCCUUAUCGCCGACGCCGUCAAGGCUGUGAGGGCGAGGAGGCCGGAGAAGGCUGGAUGGAUUGGGCUUCACGCUGUCGCUGUCGCGGGUGCGGAGACCCAUGGGAAGACGCUGGGGGAUAAGGAGAUUUGGGAACCGGAGGGAUUUGCGGUUUCGGAAGAGGGUGUGAGGCUCCAGGGUUUGUUGUGGGAUGAGACUGUGGAUGAGAUGAGGAAGGUUACGACUGUGCCUGGUUGGAUGGCCAAUGCCGAGAGUUGA